AUGAUGAACAACGGCGGCCGUGGGUAUGAGGUGUAUUGGGAGAAGCAGGGGACUGAUAAGCUGUGCGCGGUUCAUACGCUUAACACGUUGAUGCAAAGCAACGCCUUCUCGGAAGUAGAACUCGCGCAAAUAGCCCAUCAACUCGAUCAGCAUGAGCAAGCAUUGAUGUUAUGAGAAGUCGUGGAAUGUAUGAAUACUACCCCUUGUACUCUGGUUCGACGUGUAGAAAUCUUUAUUACCACAGGGUUAAGGUUAGCUAAAACUAUAACUAAGUACUUUCGGAAGUUUCACCGAAGUUCCUGUAGUACGAGAGAGAGCAGGUAUGAUACUUAUGCACCAUGAUCGACUACAACCAGAACCACUUCUAACUCUCGGCGGCGGCUCCGGCAGCCUCGCAGCUGGUUCUGGAGUGGGAGAGUCUUUUAACGUUGACGCGGAUGGUAAUUUUUCAUUGCCCGUUAUGGAAACGGCACUGCAGCGCUUCGAGAUGUGUCUGGUGAAUAUCGAAAAACCGGAAGUGAAAAGCAAGAUCAUGUCGAAUCCACAGAGUGAAGAGGCAUAUAUCUGCAACUCCCAUCGAAGAGCACAUUGGUAUUGCCUCAGGAAAGUCUUCGCCAAAUGGUACGAUUUGGAUUCCCUGAAACCUGCGCCACAGUUCGUGUCGGAUUUCAACUUGACUGCGUUUCUGGAAGCCACGCUGCGAGAUGGGUUUACGGUCUUUGUGGUUAGACCUGGUACUGAUUUGUUUGUUUUUGGGAGCAGUAGCUUACUGCUUAGAAGAAGUUGUAGUCAGUACUCAUACUCUCAAGAAAGAAGAAUGUUGUAGUUUUCGUUGCAAUGUGUGCAGUGGUCGUGUACGUGUUUUCCCUAAAAACACUAUAGUAAAUAAGGUAUAGUAAUUUACUUCACCUCGUCAAUUUUUCCACAUCAACCGUUCCCCACCGUCACCAGUUCCCGGUUCCAACCGCAGCGCUAUUUCACUACCACAACCGGACAAAUUCCUGACGCAACAGCUGCAGUCGCACCAGUUUUUCCUCACCGACAAGGACAUGGAGAAGAUGCGUGACGAGUAUCUAGCUAAAGAGCAGAAGGAGAUGCAAGACGCACAGAAGUUAUGAUUUGCAAUUGAUGUUGUAGGAGACAUCAUGUUGGGGUAGACAUCAUGCUGACUACUUCUCUCUCAUAUCCUAGUAGCCUAUCAGCUGAUCUCCAUCUCCCCGUCAUCCUAUGUAUACCUGGUGUACUACAGAAGUAGAUCAUUUCUUCAUCCCCCACAACACCGACACACUUUCAUUCCACGAAGGCGGCGGUGAUGAUAGUGGGAAGCCAGCGUUCACGAUGGUGGUCCCAGCCGACAAAAGGAAGGUCGAAACUGACUGGUCAAAACUGGGUGGUGGUAAUACGCUAAGCGGAGGAGGAGGAGGAGCGUCGUCUAGUGCGCCCAUAGUAGUGGACGACGACAUGGACGAUGACAUGAAGGCAGCAAUUGCAGCUAGCUUAGGCGAUAUACAGUGUCCAGAACCGCCCGCGGAACCCAGUGAAGGACUAACGAUCCAAUUUCGAUUCAAGAGCGAACCACCACUCAAAAGAAUAUUUGCGAAAGACGCCACUAUGCUAAGCGUUUUUCAAUUCUUAGAGCAUGCGAAUUUGAAGCAGGGAGCGUUCUCUUCGGUUGGUGCAACGCCGUUGGUGUCGAUGGAGAGGUAUUUGGAUGGAAUUUAUGUUGUAGAUUUUUUUUUUGGAUUCAGUUAUUCUUGAGCUGAUAGGAAAUGAAUUUCGAAAUUCUGGAAUAAAGUCAAAAAAUUUUGGAUUUACUGAAAAUUUUCACAUUGGGUCUACUUCCAAAACCAACCCAUUACAAUGUGCCCGCCAGGUAUUCGGUCCUGAAACAAGGAUUCCCCAAGAAGGAGAAGUUUAUUCGUUGCCUGCUCGACGGACAGGUCUAUCUUGAGGGGGAAAAUGUGACAGCCAGCACAUUGACGAGCCGGCAAUUCGCAAAGCAGGAGGCGAUGAUCGUUCAAAUGGAAUGAGAGGGAUGCAAAAUGCAUCAACAGCUUUCCACCAAGAACAUGCUACCAACUAUUUUUUGAAACCACUAAGGAACGUUGGAACUUUGACCUCGUCCUUCAAUUAGAACUACUGACUCUCAUUCUCCUGAUUGACUUCACCGACUGAAAUGCAGACUGGACGAAGGAAUUGAUCCUUGCAUUCCAUGACGAAAAGAAACAAAGACGCUAAGUUGAAAACGAAUAAACCUCCAUUUUGAGAGGGAACUCACUC